AUGAGUGAAAAAAAGCGUUUCAAACGGGAACUGACUGUAUUUGAAAACCUCCCAAAUGAAAUCAUCAUCGACGUUUUUGAUUAUUUGAAUGGUGUUGAUACUGUGUAUGGAUUUGAUCGACUUAAUUAUCGUUUCCAAUGCCUAUUGAAUGAUUUCGUGAAGAAUUUCGAUUUUCAAUCUGUCAGUAAAGCAAAACUUGAGGCAGUUAUUGCUUUACAUGACAUGCAUCGAUGGCGAUCACUGUGUCUUUCGAAUGAGAGUAAUACAUGUGGACAAAUACAAUUCUUCUGUGAAUCAUAUCCAUUGGUAGAACAUGUUUCUCAAUUACAAUCGUUAACUAUCAUAGAUAUGUCCAAAAACUAUCAAGAACGAUUUUUCCGUCAAAUGAGAUCAUUUGAUAAUCUCGUUUCACUAUCAGUCGGAAAUAUUUGUGGAGUGCUUGUCCAAUCUAUUCGGUUACCAUCAUUAAAGCAACUUAAUUUAACUUCAUGCGGACAUACUCAAUGGAUCACGAAUUUCCAUUCUCUGGAAAAGUUCCGCUACAAAAUCAUAAGCAAAUGUCAUCGUACGAUGGGCCUUAUAUUCCCAACAACAUUAGUCCAUCUCAAAGUGACAUAUAACACAGUGGACGAAGAAAAUAUACUUUUGAGAGCACUAUCUCAAUUAUCACAACUAAGAUUGCUGUCUGUAUGUAAUACUAAUCAGCUCAGUCGAUUGCCAGACGGAGUGGUUUGGGAAAAACUGAUUGUUUCGUCAUUACCAUUGUUGCACACAUUUCAAUUUUAUUUUCCUUAUGAACAAGGAGGUUAUCUUGUAAAUGGUGAUCUAAAUCAAACAAUUGCAUCAUUUUCGACUCCGUUUUACUUAGUUGAGAAACGUUGGUUUAUCCAAUGCGAUCGAGAUCUGUCGCAUCAAUGUCGAGGAGCUAUAUAUUCUUUACCGUUUGCCUUCUCAACAUUCUAUAUCAAUUCACUAACGCUCGACACAAGUAUUUCUACAUUACCUCUCGACAAUGGAACGAAAACGAGAAACCAUUUUUAUUCGAAAAUUAACACAUUGGUGCUCAAUGAAAAUUGCGAGGUACCAUACAAUGGUCUAAUGCCAUCAAAUAUCGUUCAUCUGACUUUAAACAGCACAUUAUCGUCAAACUGGUUUUAUUUCUUACCAGUAUUGCGCGAUUUACAUGUUACACAUAACUCAAGUAUGACCAAAACUGAAUUCGGUCGAUUACUUGAAUAUGCAUUGAAUCUUCGUUCGUUGACUAUUGCUUCGAAUAAGUUGAAAGAACUUACUGAUAAUUAUACGGAUGAAGCCAUAUGCAAUCGACUAUCAGACCAAAUCAUAAGUUUAACUCUAGAUGAUCCCAAUUCAAAUUUAUAUACUGUGAGCUAUAUGGCGAAGUCUAAUCUUCCAUUGAGCAAUAUAUUUAACAUGGAACAGCAGCAGCAACGCACUGGAUGUCAAUGGCUACAUCGAUUGAUUAACAUUGAUAUCUGUGUCGAUUGGUGGUUUUUCGUGUACAACGGGACAAUAAAACGAGGAUUAGUAUUUGGUCCGCCACGUCAGAACACACUUUGGGCAAUACGAAUAUUCUGCAUUAUAGCCACGUGCACGAGCAUACUUGAAAUAAUUCAAAUUAUCCGAGAUACCUGUCAAAAUCGUCCAACAUCUUUAUUCGGUCAGAUAACCAAUGGUUUAACCUUGUGGUUUGAAGAUGUUCCGUUAUUAACACUGAAUCUUUUGAUUGUUAUUUGUCGUGAUGGUGAAGUGACUUACAUAAGUUUAACGAAAGCCAUUAUUGGUAUUAUCGCCUCAUUGAUUCGAUUUUUCUCCGUUCUUUUGAACAAAUGGCUCAUUCGUCAUGAUUACCAACGUAAAGACAAUUUAUCAAAAUUUUUCAAUACAAUAUCAACCAUUGGCGUUGUAUUUGUUUUUAUACUUUCAACAGCCAUACAUAUCAUUGCCAGUUUACCAAUCGAUAGUUUCGGACAUGUGUACUUAGAAAAGCCAUCUGACUUUACACAAUUUAAAUUUGCUCAUCAGAAAUACUUUCAUAAUGUUGGAGUAUUUCUUCGUUCGCCAAAAUUCUAUGAAAAAUACAUCUAUUUGACGGAUAUGGACAAGAUCAUUGAAAAAAGUCCACAAAUAUUCCUUUAUACAAUCAAUCAUCAAGAAGAUGUGUUCUGCGUAAAACGUACCAAUCGAACCUGUUUUCAACAAUUGAACGAUUCAGAUGUUCAAAUCUUUGACCGACAAUUAAAAACGAAAUCAAUUGAUUAUUCCAUUGCAUUUCAAUUUCAACAGCCAGAUUCAUAUUAUAUCCUUGGAGAUAUUCAUUACAAUGUUAUUCGUUGUGAUGAUAAAACUCGUGAUGUUUACAGCGACAAAUUUGAACUACAUUAUUUUCGUUUUAAAGACAAUAUUAACCAAACUAAAACACCUUUAGUCAAUAGUCAAGAUCAAACUUAUCGUUACUAUGAUAUUCAUCAUGAUUUCGAAUCGAUUGAAUAUUUAUGGCGAACUGGCUUAUCUCGCUGUUCAUCAACGAGUAGUUAUAGUCCACAUCGUUCUCAACAGAUAACUGUCAAUGAUUGCACUUAA